AUGGACGCCGCGUCGCUGUUGCCUCUGCUGCUCCAGCUUUUCCUGGCAGCCGAGUGCGCUCGGGCAGCCACGUACCUCGGUGACGCGCAUGUGGCCGAGGGUGACAGCUUCUUCGUCGCCUGCGUCACCGAGCCGCACGUCUCGCCCGACUGGCACAAGGACGGGCUGCCGCUUCCAUCUUGGGGCCACUUCCUCUUCCACGAGGACCUCACCGAUAACGGAGGAAAGAUGAACACCUUGUAUGUUGCGCACGCUCAGCCUGGCCAUUCAGGCGACUACUCCUGCGGUAUCAGCCUCCGUGACGCUCACCGACUACGCGUGCUGCCGUCGUCAUCUCCUGGCAGCAUUCUUUCGAGGAGAGACAGCCAGCAAGACUGUCAUCACCUGUCUCCGAACAGGUCACUGGUGAUAUCGUGCGAGCUAUCCGGCACGGGCCGAUCGGUGACUUGGUACAAGGACGACGUGGCGCUGCACCAGGGUCUUCGCGAGCGCUACGUCGUUGAACCCGGACGCUUGGUCGUCAAGGACGCACGGGUCUCGGAUGCUGGCAUUUACACGUGUCUGGGAAGCGGUGGCGCGGGCCUCAGCGUUAGCGUGGCCGCGCCCAUCGCCAUAGAACCGAUGCCGGCUUUCCAGAAGGCCAGGGUGAACAAAUCGUUCAGCAUCCUGUGCAAUAUCGACACCGAGCCCCCUCCCCGCGUCUCGUGGUUCCUGGGCGAUUCGCCACUGACGCCUUCGGAUCGGCUUGUCCUGUCGCCCGGAAAGAAUGGCGUCGAGAACGCUAAGCUCACGAUUCGCCACGUCACUCCUCAGGACCGCAAUACGUACACAUGUCGAGCUGCGCAUAUGCACUGCAGCGAUCGGCUUGCCUCUCAGGUGUCCACCCAGCUGCUGGUCAGCGUCCUCGCCAUAACCACCAACGAGGAGCACAAGGGCCAAGGCAUCACCAUCGACCCGAACGAGCCGUUCGUGCUCAGCUGCGACUCGGGCCAGGCGAGCGUUGCGGUUAAGUGGGAGAAAGAAGGAGAUGGCCCCAUAGCCGAGGACGACCCGCGGCUCAAGGUCCUCGAGAACAAGACCACGUGGAGCCUGACCGUCGAGAAGCCGACCCCCAAGGACGCCGGCAAGUACAAGUGUACGGCCGGAGCCGAAGCGGUCGAGAUCGACGUCUUCUUCAAGCUGGGAGCCACGAUGAGCGAGCGCCAAUCGACCGCACCCUCGGCCUGGGUCGAGGGCAAAGAGGCGUACAUCGCGGUCGCCAUCGUGGGCUACCCCAAUAAGUUCACGCUGGCCUGGACCAAGAACGGCGAGCCACUGAAGGUCGACGACCGCGUGACGAUCGAGAAGUUCGAGGAAGUCGAUGACGCCUUGCUCCGCUUCAAGCCGCUCACGACGGAAGACGCCGGCAAGUACGUGUGCAAAGUGGACAACGGCAGGGAGCAUGUGGAGUUCGAGCACACGGUCGAGGUGAAAGGAAAGUACGCGGCGCUGCUCCCUUUCAUCGGCAUCUGCGUCGAGGUGGCCGUGCUGUGCGCCAUCAUCUACGUGGUGGAGAAGAAAGCGCUCGGUGACGCCAUGCGGGCGCCGGCGGCCGCUGCCAGCGCUUCGGAGCUGCCCGCAGCGGAGCACGAGGCGGCCGAAGGAGCCGCCGGCCAUGCAGGGGAGGAACACGAGGCCCCGCCAGCGCCGGAGGGUCACGAGGCUGAGCACGCGGCUGCUGACGCACCGCCGCACGAGCCUGCUGACGCACCGCCGCAUGCGCCUGCUGGUGUACCGCCGCACGCCCAGUAG